GCUCGGCGAGCUAGCUAGCUGAGCGUGUCGUUUCGCGAAUGUUUGUGACGGUCGACGAAAGCAGUCAAUAUCCUUCUACAUCGGGGCUAUAACAAUCUUUCAAAAUGGUGGUGGGCAGGACAUCAAAGAUGGUACAGUACAUCAACUACAGGAUGAGGGUCAACCUGCAGGAUGGACGCACAUUCAUUGGUACAUUCCUUGCCUUUGACAAACACAUGAACAUUGUUCUUGGUGACUGUGAAGAGUUCAGAAAGCUUAGAGCCAAGAGUGCCAAGGCCCCUGCCAAAGAGGAGAAGAGAGUACUUGGCCUGGUCCUGCUUCGAGGAGAACAUCUCGUUUCCAUGACAGUAGAAGGACCAGCAAAAGACUCAGGUCCAAGAGUACCUAUGCCUGGUGGUGGAGGUGGACCUGGUAUGGCCCGUGCUGCUGGACGUGGUAUCCCAGCAGCUUCUGCCUCGAUGUCAGCACCAGCAGGACUGUCUGGACCCGUCAGGGGGGUCGGCGGCCCAUCACAAUCACACAUGGCUCCUAUGGGUGGACCAGGAGGCUUCCCACCAAGGGGACCACCAAGAGGACCUCCAGGUAUGGGACCACCUGGCAUGGGACCGCCCGGUAUGGGACCACCAGGAGGAUUCCGAGGAGGGCCACCUAUGGGACGAGGAAUGCCCCCAAUGGGGGGGUAUGGGACCGCCCCCUGGCAUGAGAGGUCCACCAAGGAAUUAGUGUUGAACAUCAUCAAUGUUUUGUAAAUAGUUUAAUAUCCUGUGUGAGAGAGCGCCAUCCAGUUCAGAAGGGAUGAUUGUUUUUUAUUCGAGGAAGACAUCGGCUCCAGCGUAAUAUUGCUGCAACGGAUUGGGCUCUUAGGGGGUGUUGGAUGAAAUUUUCUACCAUCACUUUAGGUACAGUACAGUGCAUAUUUACAAUUGCUCGCAAAUAUUUUUGUCAACACCCCCAAGACAUCUAGGGCCCUUUUCAUAAAGAGUUGCAACUUUUGCCAUUAUGGCAACUACCAUGGUAACCUUGAUUUUGAUUGGCUGCUGAGCCCUGUUACCAUGGUAGUUGCCAUAAUGGCAAAGUUACAACAGUUAUAACUCUUUAUGAAACAGGCUCCUAGUCUAUUUCGUUGGUUGUUCAGCAAAGUCUAAAAUUAGAUUAUGUCCAAAUAUGAAGUAAAAGAUACCUUGAUAAUGUUAUGAAAGGAAAAUGAAUAUUUUGACAAGAUAUUCUAAAUUGACAUACAUUUUCUUCGAGAGCUGUUACUAAGCUUAUACAUGUUGAAUACAGUACCCAGCAUGACUAGUAAGCAUUUUGAUGUUCUCGGGGCAUCCAUGUAUUUGGAACAAAUCUAAUUUAAUUAGAAUUUUUCUCGACCAGAGGGGGGUAUAAGGUGCUUUUUAUAUUUCAUUGAAUUUCUGUUCUUGUAAGAUUUAUUUUCUUUUUAACACUUAUGUGAAGCAUUCCUUUGUAUUCUUAACUGUGUUGAAGCUUUUAAAUUUACAAAUGACCUCAAACUCAAAUUUUCUUUGGAAGUGGGAGGCAGCAACAGAAAUAGCUCUAGAUUACAUACACAUGCCAAAUUAAUAAUAGAUUGGAUUAUGUUCAUAAAAUUAAAUCUCUUAAGA